AUGAUGUCACAAGUCGAUGACAAUGAAAUGGACACGCGCUUUGAGGUUGGUUCAACCGUUUUUGCGUAUGUUGAUAUCAGACCAAGAAUGGCCGAAGACUUCCCGAAGACUUCCAGAGACGAACUACCAUGAGAUGUAGGGAGCGGCAACAAUGUAAACUUUUAGGAAUAAAGCUGACUAAGUAAUUUAACUUAUUAUCUUAUUUUUUAAUAGGAGAUGGCAGAGAUUGUUGGAAAGGAAAGCAGCGCCGAAACUCAGAUUAACUCAUCAACGCUCGAACCUGACAAAGACGAAAAGAUCAAGGCAAGUAUACUAGAAUUCCAUCGAAAUCUGUCAGUAGUGAGUUUUUGUUGCAAGUCAGCUCGCCCACAUAACUGUGUAUGCUGUGACGUUAUGUACAUUCUUCGAUUUCUGAAAUUUGCAGGAUAACAAAGAGAUUCAGGAUAAAAGUGAAAGCAACCCAACGAUAGAAUCCACGACCGCCUCGGAACAAGUAUGAGAAACGUUACUGUUGUUUAAUGCUGUGCUCGCUGGGCAAGGCGUCAGCUCGUCGCUCUGAUGAAGGACUAACGCUCGAAAUGUCAGCUUUUAAACUGUUUACGGAGGCCAAUUUACGUUAUCGACUCAGUUAAUAAUACUAAAUUACCCUGUUAUACUCUCCCACCGAAGCAGGACCACAGUUUCUUUAGGAACUUACCCCUUUUUUCCAUGAGGUAUUCCUAUAGAUUCUGUCUAUGAUACCAAAAAUUAAAAUUAAAAAAGACUCAAAAUUAAUACUAAAGCCUUCUCGAGAUUUCCCUCCAAAAGUCAAUCAGAAUUUUGUUUCUUUUCCCAUUUUUUUUCACUCUUAAACUUAUAGCAAAAGUUAAAAUGAAAUGUGAAUAACCCUUAGGGUGCAGUGGACUCCUCAAACAAGGAAACUACCGAUGAAAAGAAACAGGUAAGAUCCUGAAUAAAAAAAGAGCGAGCGCAGUGUUAGCUUCACCUAUCACGGCAUUAUGGGUGAUAGGUCAUGUUUCUGAUUCCUGAAAAGACGACGCAACUGCAAAGAUUUGCAAUACGCAAAAUCACGAAAGAAUGACUGCGAACAAUAUUACGGACCCGCUAUUACUUAUCGCCUGGAGUCGGAGGAUUUUAACAGUAAUAUUUACCUAAUCCACUCAUAAGGCGCUCUAGCAUUCUAAUGAUUCCUCCUCAUUGGCAGUCAAUCUUCCAUAGUCCCCUGUAAGAGAUUAUCAGUGAGCCCAUAGUACAAACUAUGAUUUGAAGCGGGCUUAAACCAUGAUGCAGCCGCGUGAUUUGGCGCGAAAACUUAUUUAGCGCAGCUUACCCUAGAUCUGGGUUCAAUGCACCAGUUUUAACCAAUCAGAUGCCGGAAUUUACGAUGAGGGAGGGAAUCUUGCUUUUAGAAGACCUGACUGAGACACUCUCAGCUAAGGUGAAUCAACUUUACUGCAUAUUUACCUAUAGAGUUCCUUCCUUGACAAAUAUUUGAGCAGUAGUGAAACUGAAGAUGAUGUGGCAGAAAAUAAAGAAGAGGAAGAAAAACAAGUAGAAAAGGUGCGUCCUACAUUUCUGUUGUCUUAAAGUCAAACUGAUGAGUGUCGUUAGCCGAGCUACGUAGCAAGCCAUGGCAUCAUAAAGCAUAUUGUCCUGAAAUGAACUGUAUAAAAAAAUAAAAAAUAAUAUAUUUUGACUAAAACAAUGUUUGCAGAAAACCAGAGAAAAAAAAAAGGUGAAAAAGAAAACAAACACGCCCAAAAGCGAGAAGCAGUUUACUCCGCGAAAACCUUCUAUGAAAUGGAAAAACUUGAGGCUGGUUGUCGGUGAUGACAGGUAAGAGGCAACAGACUUUGAGCCUGUUUAUUUUUUUUGUGUUUGCAAGCCUUCCCUGAUUAUUCAACAAUGUGGUUUGUCGCACUAGUCUUACUUUCCUCCAAGAAAUGCUUAACACUUUCACCCCAAGAUCUAAUUAGUAAUUCUCCUUACUAUCUGCCAUACAAUUCCUAUGAUGUUAGUUUAGAGAAUUUGGUCUUGGGUCAACUAACGAUCGCCUAAUUGAUAUUUCUCUUUAUUCUCAUCACUUGUCUGAUUGAUAUUGUAUUGAUAUUGUAAGGAGAAAUUCUGUCUUGGUCACUCAUGGGAGUAAAAGAGUUAAAGUACACCUGACAAAGACCUCAUACGGAAGUCCAUUUAAACCACGAUCUUGAAGUCUUUUCUUCUCGAAGUUAUCAUUUGAACUUCAGGAUCUUAAAAUGUUUACCUGGGCCUAUAAUAGCCGCUGUGUCUUGUUUUUCCUAACUGUUGUAGUGAUGAAGAGGUGAAAGAAACCAACAAGCCACAACCGAAAUCAAAACAAAACCGCAAAGAAAGGUAAGAAAACGGAUCGCACUUGUAUUAUAAUUUGUCACCUUCACGAAAUUGGUGGCAUGAUUGCGACUUUUUCUUUGUCGUUCACUCAUCCAUUUAUUAACUCAUUCAAUUCAUCGAGUUAAAAGUUCAGUCUACGUGUAAGAAUUUUGAGAAAAAUUGUUUUACUAGUUUAUUAUUCAUUUGCUUUUAUUGUAAGCCGUAGCAACAAGCAAAACUUGCAAAGCCGGCGGUCCACCUUGUUCAGAAUUCCAUCGGAGCCUGCGGAAAGUUCAACCGAGAGUGAAGAUGAAGAUGACCGGGUGCUAGACGGGAAAGUGGUGAGCAUGUGCAUUGAAUAGCUGGUAAUAGCAAGGGUGCAAGCGAACUAAAGAACGAACUAACGAAUGAGCGAGCGAACGAGAAAACGAACGAGCGCACAAAUAAGCGAGUGAGCGAACGAACGAACGAUUGACGGAACGAACGAACGAGUGAGCGAGCGAACGAGAAAACAAAUGAUUGACGAAACGAACAAACGAGCGAGCGAGCUUACGAGAAAACGAACGUACGAACAAACAAAUAAGCGAGCGAGCGAGCGAACGAACAAACAAUUGACUGAAAGAACGAACGAAUUAAAGAAUGAGCGAGCGAGCGAGGGAGCGAACGAUUGACGGAACGAACGAACGAAUAAACGAAUGAGCGAGUGAGCGAAGCAACGAAUGAAAGAACAAAUGAAAAAACGAAGGGAGGAAAGAACGCAAAAGAACUAACGAGUGAACGAAUAUAUCACUUUUUUCAUUGUGCGUUUAUCAUGGUUAAUUGUUUUACAUUGUUCUUUGUUUUACAGGGCGUAGCUGACCUUCCCUCAGAAUAUUGGCAAAUACAAAGGCUGGUCAGGUUCCUCAAGGUGAGAGUAUGCCAUCUGACAAAUGGAACUCACACUGAUACAAAAAAAAAAUGUUAUCCAACUGAUUCAUAAUUUCCCAUAAUCAUUUUCCUGUUUUCAGAAUGGUAACCAAGUCGCCACGGUCAUCACAUUGUGUGCUCUGACGGAUUUCAACUUAACUCAAGAAAUGACCCAAAUGGCCAUUCGCGAUGUGAACGGAUUGACAGUUCUUGUUAAUAUUCUCAGAACAGACCACGAGAAUUGUCAGGUUUGAAUUGAUGCUGUUUCUUAAUAUUACCACCGAUCAAAGAAUAACAAUCAACCACACGCAUUACAAUCUUGACGACUUUUGGACGGUGGAUCUCUAGAUCUCAACUAAACAAAUAGAGGAUUGCCCCCCCUCCCUGUUCACCCCACCCCGCCUAACCCCUCAGCAGAGGCGUGGGUGAUUGGACGGGGAGAGAUAUGACAAUUCAGAUCGAAAGGAGUAGCUUCAUUUACACGUGCUUCAAAGAAAUGUACGAGCACUAUUGGCCAAUCAAACAGCAAACGGCACAGGAUGGACUAUGUAACAUAAUUUGGUUUUCUUGGAAGCAGAAAUAUGAAUCAUUAUAUUUCCAGAACUUCUUGAUCGGUACAUCGCCAAUCGCCUUAGCUUAAGUAAAAAAGGGCGACACAAUUGAAAAUUUCAACUAAACCCGUCCCAUUGACAUUUAAUUUAUCCUCUGUUUUUUUAGAUCGGUGCGUUGAAGGUUCUCCAACAGUUGACCAUAAGUAGCAUCUACAACAGGCGAGCUGUUAUCAAAAUGGGAGGUUAGUUUAACCCUUUGUACCCUAUACCUACAACAUGCAUAUUCUCCCUACCGCUCUCUAUACAUUUCCUAAGGUGCUGACAAGGAGAAUUUGUUUAAUACUCAAGAGCUUCUAUAGUUGGUGAUCAUUCCCUUUAUUCCUGUGACCUUUAUGUGUGAUUCAGGGGUGAUAUUGUUAGGAGAAAUUAGAUCCUGGUCACUCUUAGGGGUUAAGAGUUAAAGCCCUCAAAACCUUGUUACAAUGCCCUUUGUCAAUAAGACAGGUUCCAUUUUAGAGACUUAAACAAAAAAUUUCAGAAAUUUUCAAAUCUUUAUCAAAUCAUUUUUUUUUGUGAUAUAUUUCUUCGACCGGAGAUUAGGAGUUGCCUCUUUCAACAUUGUCGUUCUUUGCAGAUGACAGGAAGGUUUUUCCACAUAUGAGUCUUAUAAAUGACCUCACUCCCAAACGAGUCUCAGUCAGCGUAGUGAUAGCAUUUUUUUUUUCAUCUCAUACUUGAAAAACAAAGUUUAACAUCUCAAUCAGAAUGGAUAAUUUCAUUUCAACGAUGAUCUUUCGUUUUGUAGGCGUUCAGAUCCUGAUCGAUCUCAUAACUGAUGCUCCUAAGGAGGUGCAAAGUUUAGCGGCAGCUAACCUGGCUAACAUGGCAAAAUCCAGUGUAGGAAGAAAUAUUCUAAAAAAACAUGGUGGAUUACAAAAAUUGGUGAGAUCAGGAGCUGGGAAAAUUUUUAGAUCAAAGGGUCUUAAACCUUCCCAGUAAAAACUUUCCAGUGCUCUCUUCUUUUUGCUUUUCAAGGAAACGAAGUUACUCUCAAAGAGCUAUGCUAAGCAUCAGCUAGAAAUUAAAUCCAACAUUACCAUGUAUAUAUUAUAUUUACCAGCAUUUCGUUGGGUUUCCCCACACAACUUUCAGGGACCUGUAUAUAUUUCCAAGGGACCAUACACGGGCAGAAGUGUAGAUUCGAGUCUUGGCCAAGUCACUGUGUUGUGUUCCUGGGCAAGUCACUUUCCCCAGUGCCUCUCUCCACUCUGGAGUAUAAAUGGGUACAGGGAACUGUUGAGGAAACCCAACAAAAUACUGAGGAGGUAAUCCACGUUGGACUGGCGUCUCAUCCUGGGAGGGGUGCAAUACUCCUGGUCGCUUCAUACAUUGGAGAGUGGAUGACCUCCGGCUGAAAGCAUCUUUGCAAAUUUAUAGAUUCUAGAAAGUACGAUCCAAGCGUACAACACGUGACCAUUUAUCCUCUAAGUCUCCUAAAUGCGUACAUUUCUUGUAUUAGGUUGGUCUGCUAAACUACGAAGAACGACAACCUACUGGAAGGAAACUUUCUGGUAAUGGGUCUCCAGGCCAACUUGGAGCGGACCUUGAAGUUGCACGUAAUGCUGCCCUUGCGCUUUGGAGCUGCAGCAAGAGCACGCGCAGUAGGUCGGUUGUGUCAAGUGUGUUUGGUUGUAACUCUUACAUAAGUAGCAUAGGUGCACAAGAACUGCUAAUAAAAACGACAGUAUUUCUUAUCAAAAUGCGGUUCGUUUAGAAGAAAUUUCGGCGAUGUUUCUAACUUUUUCUAAUCUUUUCCUUAGGUCAGCAAUUUUCAAUGCCGGAAGCGUACCAAUGUUAGCCAGACUAAUAACCAUGGACAAAGACGAGUUCCUUGUUCCUAUCGUAGGACUUGUUCAAGAAUGUGCAGUGGAGGUGAUAUUCAUUAAGACAUAACAUAGCUAAAUAAUAUACAUGUUAUGUGCCCUAUUGAAUAAUUCUUACUUUACUAUCCACUCUUACAGCAACGUUUAAUUGAAAAUGAUUCAAAAUAACAGUGAAAACGCAACUUACUUUGUAUCGAAUGCGUCUCAAUCAAAAAGUCGCUGAUGGAAUUGCUAUAGUUGAAUCAGAUCUCUCAUUAUCAUCACUUGUCAUUGUCAGACUCGCUUCAGACAGGCUUUCUACAAAGAGAAAAUGAUAGCAGCGAUCGUUCGUCGCUUGUUGACCGACAACGAAGAACUUCAGGGUUACUGCGCCAACGCCAUAUUCAAGGUAAGUUUUCACGCUCAACCCCAUGGCUGCGAUCCUUUUGGCCAGCGCUACCACUGAUCAACGAAUCGUGCCUAGAAACGAUGACAGAGAGAUAGAGACAUUCAGAGUUUCAGACGAAGGCACUCCAUUCUAGGUAUUUCAAGUCAUAAACCUAACUUACUACCUCUUCUCUUGUCUGUUUAACUUUUCCACAACUUCUCCGCAGUGUGCUGUCGACGAACAAACAAGGAAAGCUGUAUAUGACUGCGGGGGCCUGAACACGCUUGUUUCACUUCUUUCCCGCCAUGAUAAUAAGAAGCUGCUGGCGGCCGUAACAGGUGCAAUUUGGAAAUGUGCUAUCAGCGAUUACAACGUUAAAAGGUAAGCAUUUUGGCUUCGGUCACUUGGGUAGAAAUUUGUUCUUCUGGGAACACAGCCCUGGGUUUUGUGUCUUCGUUUAGUAAAUUGUCGUCUUGUAGGCCGGCAUGACUCAUUUGAAACCGCAAAACUAGCGGUUUAAAAACGGUUUAAGAAGGAUCGAAUUCCUAGAGCUUUUAACUCCAACUUUCGUAAGAGUACCUCUGUGGCGAAAAAAGCUGGAGGUCUUUUUUUUUGAUCUAGGUUGAUGGAGAUGAAGGUAUUAGAAAUACUUGUUAGUCUACUUCAGAAUGAAGAAGACGAAGAGGACCUCCCUGAACAAGUAAGUGUCAAAAAUCUUUACUGGCUCGGUCAAAAAGAAAUCCAUAAUUAAUAUGGCGAUGCAGCAUGAAAUUUUCCUUUAGUGUUCGAGAUUGUGUGGUAACAAACCGAUUGAUUUCAAGUUUUAAAUAUCAGUAAUUUUUUUUUUUUUUUUAGGAUCACGUUUGAGGUUACACGUUUAGGCACCUAACUUUCUUGAUACCCUAAAUUGUCUUGACGUUUGGGGUUCAGAGAGUUGUAUGUAGAAAUACACGUUGCUUGGUCAUUGAUACAAUAAAUAUGCCCUAGACUGCCACUGCCCCUCCCCCCCCCCACCCACUUCCCUCAGUGGGAACUGAUGAUAUCUUAAAUUUUGCUCAUUUUUCACUAAAGGUUCAACUCCAUAUUGUUGGAGCCAUUGGAGAGAUUGCCAAAGACCCUAAGGCUCCGCUGGAAAUUUUACGAUGCAAGGGAUGUAAAACCUUAGUGGACAUUCUGAAUAUCCCCAAUGAAGAGCUAACUGGUACAGCGGCGAGAGCCAUCGCAGCAUGCGCUGCGAACAGCAGCUGCCGAGCGUAAGUAAUAGCCAUGUGCCUCCUUCUCAAAAGGAGACCGAUUAUUCUAACAUGAGACCCGAUUAUUCUAAUAUGAACUCAUUUAUUUAUGUCCGUAUUUUCAGAGUUUUCAACAGAUUGGAAGGCCUAAGGCUUCUGUGGUCUCUUAUGAAAUCAAGGAACAAUCAAGUGAGCAGAAUUUUCGUCUAGACCUAUAAUUGAUUACAAUUUAUCUAGACAUCCAGUUGAAUUCCUGUUCAUGAUAUGACUUAUUUUCCUGUGGAUUAGGUGGUCUCAGGUGGAGCAUGGGCUGUAUACAGACUGAUGCAAGAUACACCGGUAUGAGAAAAAUGCAAUAUCACCGUCUGACAACAUAAUGGAAUGUAUCCACGAAAUAUUUUACCGCAACCAUUUUUUGACUCGUAGGAGGCCUGGGAAACCGCGCGAUCAUUUGUUGGAGGACUGGAUCUGACUGUUCGCCUGCUCAAAUCUGCCGAUUUGGAGGUUAUCUCAGUAAAAAUAUUCACUUAAACCAUUUUACACGUGGUAGCUUACAAAUUAGUUUUGCUCUUCCUUUGUUUAUCAUAGCUGACGAGCGACAGCGGAAAAAAUUUCAGUCAGUAAAAAUCACUCUAGACUACUCCAACUAAAUGCAUUGAAACGUUUUUAGGUCCUCACUAGCGCAUGCGCAGUGAUAUCAGUUGUGGCAUGUGAUUGGGAGAACUUGGGAGUCAUAACUGAUUACGAGGUUGUCCCUCACCUGGCUAAACUCACGCAUAAGGUAAGCCUUUAACUCAAUACUAUAGAACUAAGUUGCCAUAUAAUUGCCGAGAUGAUUUGGGUACGAAGAGAGCCUACACACGCUCACCAGUUUGAAGGGGAAUUAUUUGUUUUGUUUACAGACUGACAUCAUUUUGAGGCGACAUUUGGCUGAAGCUAUUGCAAUGUGCAGCAAAUGGGGAAACAACGCAAAGCGAUUCUCCCAAGAAGGAGCUGUAGAAAGAAUGGUGGAAUACCUUGGGUCACAUGACAUUAUAGUACAGCGGUCGGCAAUGCGGGCUCUCGAGCAGUUGGGCAAACAUCCUGAUAGCUGCAUCACUAUGCACCGUAGUGGGGUUGUCAAGGUAACGCAGAGGUGUUGGCUCACUCUAACGGCAGUUAGAAAAUAGAGACGUUUAGCAGACGAGAAUGACCGCUGCUGUACUUCAUCAGUAUUCAUUCUCGUUCAUCAUUUUCAUCACACUGCCCUUUUAAAAAUGUUUUAAUCUUCCCAUGUUUUCAAGUUAUUUUUUCGAAACUUAGAAUAGCUUCGCGCCAAAAUAUUAAUGAUGAUGAUCAUAACAAGUGAUGAUAAUAAUAAUAACGAUGAUAAUGGAAAUAAAUAGUAUACCGUAAGGAGAGCCUCGUGCUCUCUUUUUCGUAGCUCCAAAGGGCUCAGAGUUCACCGUUCUGAAAUUUUGAUAAGAAAGGAUACCUUCUCGUGGUUGUCAUUGAUGGCUUCCAAUCCAUAUUUGGCUUUCAGUGUAAUUAUAGUUGACAGCAGCCAGUCAGACCGCUGAUCAGUGUCAAUCAAUAUUAUGUUUUGUUCCUAGCUGUUGCUGGAAAUGAUAGGCUCAGAGGAUGCAGCUUUACAAGAAGCUGCCGCGGGAUGUCUGUUGAACAUGCGACAACUUGCAAUGGCCAACGAAAGAGCAAGAUAUCAGAAAGAAACGAAUAACGAUUUGGAAGUAGACACCGAUUCCGUUCAACAGAAUUAAACUUUUAAAAAUAGUACUGAGUACUAAGGUGAUUAAAGUGUGAAUUAUGAG